AUGGACCUGAGGUUUUUGUCAUAUUAUUAUGCGCCUUUGAAGGUCAUUGGACUAGCCAGCAUGAGCUCUUUUACCAAGGUUGUUGAUCUGGCAAGGUUGAAUCAUGAGAACAUAGCAAAGUUUCUGGGCUAUUGCAGAGAGAGUGACCCAUUCUCGAGGAUGUUAGUCUUUGAGUACGCAUCAAAUGGGACCCUGUACAAGCACCUACACUAUGGGAAAGUGACCCAAUUCUCUUGGCUUAGGCGAAUGAAAAUAGCCAUUGGCAUCGCCCAAGGUUUAAGGUAUCUGUACACCGAGUCACAGCCUCCUUUCGCUAUAUCAGAGCCGAACUCAAUUCAGUAUACGUUACAGAAGAUUUUACCCCCAAGGCUGACGACAUCAUCUACUGAAGCCCCACCUGCGACGCGAUGGGAGAGCUCCAACCUGUGCAUGGGUGUAGGAACGCAGAUCCGCGUCGCUAGCCUACACAAGGCCAUGGUCAACGCGCCGACGCGGGGUUCAUUGCCCGUCUUCGUCAGGUAA